GCAUCGGCCGCCCUACAAGGAUGCGGCGAUCACCUGCGCGCGCGCCGCCGACAGUGAAAGUGCCGCUGUAACUUCGUAACGGCGUUAUGUCACAGCCUCACAGCCGCGCAGUCGUGCCCCGACUAUGACGCCGCGCGCGCACCUUUAACUACCGAAAUAUCGUCUCGACUCCAACGUAUCAGUGAUCGUACUAACAAGCAUGUGCGAGUGAAACUUUGAAAAAAUAAAUUUAAAAUUAUUUUUUUCAAAAUGUCUCCUCUAGUGAUAGUAUUGUUAAGUGCUUUAGUUUUAGUAAAUGCUGGUGGUGAACUACAGGGUGACAGCAGAGAGAGUGCGCGCGAAGAGAAGCUAAGGAGUGCUUUGAUUGACGCUUUUCAGAGUAUCAAGAAAGGUUCGGCCAAGGGUGGCGUGGAUGAAGACCUAGCUUCCGACCUGAUCGGCUCCCUGGCCAAGCCUGCGCCUCCAAAUUCGAACCGAAACGAGAAAUCCACGACGGAGGAUGCUUUCGAUCUAUUCGCGGACGACGACGGACUGUCGUUCGCAGACUUCAGCGACAUUAAGACUGAAGCGAAACAAUCGACGACUGAGAAGUCGCACAAUGUGCAGCACAUUGUGAAGACUACCAGCAAACCCGCGGACAAAACGACAACGAAACCGAACAAGGAUGUGCUGAGCAAGCUGAGCGACUCCAUCAGGAACACCGUGAACGAGUCCAGGAACGUGCUGAAGCGAGACAACGUUACCAGCUCGGAGCUGAUGGGCAUAGAGAACAUGCUGCGACUGUUUGAUGCAGACAUCUUGGUGAAGCAGUGGACGGAGCUGCAGCAGACUGUCAGCGGAGACUGCCGCCUGGAGAUGCAGGAGUACGUGGAGGGACUGAUGGAGAGGAAGCUGUGGGCGCUCAAGAUGGAGGACGCGAGCGGUCGCUACACGUCGAUGUUCUACUGGGGCAACAACUACUGGACGGGGUCAGCAGAACUGUGCGACAUCCUCAACGACCAGCACACACCCAUCAGACAACGCAACAAAACGAUUCGCUCUCAGAUCUUCAACGACUGGCGCCAGGACCUGUCCAUGGUGGGCUUCGGGCCUCCCUUCGAGACAGCCUUCUACAUCGCCAAAGUCAGCGUCACCACCAACUUCACUGAGGUCGUCAAGACUCGCCGUACUCUCCACCUGGGUAUGUGCCUCCCCCGCUCAUGCUCCCGCGACGCUGUCUCCGCGAUGGUGGCCGGCGCACGCGCACCCCUGCUGCGUCACAGUGUUGUAGCCGUCAGAUCGCCUCAGCAUGGAGGAUACACCUACCUCGGAGACCCUACCUUCAGGGUGUUGCUAGCCGUAUCCUGCCUGGUGACCAUCCUGCUCAUCACAGCGACAAUAUACGACAUGAAGAUAGCCCGCGACGUGCGCCGGCGCAGACAGCGCGCUGCCAACAUGGCGGCCAACAUCGCCAACGGCGGCGCCCGCAGCGACCUCAAGCUGGACCUCAACGGACUCGACGACAUCACUGUCGCUAAUGGCAAGUCGAUGUACAAUGUGAACAACAACCUGCAAAUGAACAGCAACACCUCGGAGGAGCGUCUCACCGCUGAGACCCUCUCCACUGACGAACUCAAACUCAGCAUUUGGUCGGAGCUGCUUCUCUCGUUCUCCAUGAAGGCCAACGUGCUUCAGAUCUUCGACCAGUCCGUGGGAGCUGACACCGUUCCCGUCGUGCAUGGACUCCGGUCUCUGUCCAUGGUCUGGGUUAUAUUCGGACACACCUGCAUCGUUGUCUUCAAGUACGCCGACAACACUGCCCUGCGAGCUAUCUUGGAGAAGAGCUUCUGGUUCCAGCUCAUCAUCAGCGCCGUCUACAGCGUCGACACCUUCUUCUGUCUUGGUGGCAUGUUGGUGACGUUCCUGUACUUCCGCACGAAGACGAAGGGCAAGCUGGACCUGCUGGUGAAGGGGCACAGGAAGAUCACCUCCGGAGCGCUGCAGUUCCUCGGACUUAUUGGAUACAGAUUUGCCAGAUUGACGGCUCCGUACCUGUUCAUCCUGGGCGUGGUGGAGGUGACGAUGAAGUGGUUCGCGCACAACGCAGUGUUCGAGCCGCCGGCGAACGACUACGACACCUGCCCCAAGUACUGGUGGAGGAACCUGCUCUACAUCAACACUCUCUUCCCGGUUGAGCAGAUGUGCAUGUUGUGGAGUUGGUACCUCUCGGACGACACUCAGUUCUACGCAGUCAGCGCUAUCCUACUCAUCCUGGCCACUAGCCACUUCAAGCUCUCAGCCUCUUUGACCGGCGUCCUGUUCAUCUCGUCUCUGUUCACGACUGGUUACGUCUCCUGGAGCAACGACCACAUCCCCAACAGCGAGGAUCCCUUCACUCAGUUCGACAAAGUGUACGAGAAGCCCUGGACCAGGCUCGGACCCUACCUCGUCGGCAUGUUCACUGGGUGGAUACUGUUCAAGACCAACCUGACUAUUAAGAUGAGCAGAGUAUGGGCGUCAGUAGGCUGGGCGGUGUGCACGGGCACGCUGCUGUUCCUGAUAUUCGGUCUGUACAAGACGGAGCUGGGCGUGCUGUCCGCGGCCGUGUACAGCGCGCUGUCGCACUCGCUGUGGGCCGCCUGCAUCGGGUGGAUCAUCAUCGCCUGCUCCACUGGACAUGGAGGUUGGGUACGUCCGCUGCUGUCUGCGCCAGUACUGUACCCGUUCUCGCGCGUGACGUACUGCGCGUACUUGGUGCACCCUGUAGUGCUGCGCUACGUCGCCAUGCAUCUCACACACCCUAUACAUAUGGGAGAACUCUUCGUGUUCAUCCUGUUCCUGGGUCUGACGGUGAUAUCGUAUGCGCUGGCGUUCGUGAUAUCUGUGGCCUUCGAGGCGCCCAUGGUCACCAUGCUGAAGAUCGUCUCUCCACAAAAGAAGCCGCACAGAGUAUGAACCCACCCCCCCUUAGCUUUACCCACAAAGACUUUUAAUCACUCCCCCAGUUUUACAACUGACCUGCUUCAAGGCGGACGGAAUUAAGCUAUUACAUUGCGCAGGAGUUUAAUUGGCCAAAAUGUUUAAAUGCAUUCCGAACCUGCGCAAGAGUGGUUACAAAAUUAUUGUACAACCUAAUGGCCGCGCUGACCACGCUUCGCUACCUGAUAGUUAGGGCGAAUGUGAUGUUAGUUAUUUUAUUCCCGGUCCCUAUUUACUAGAAUUCAAAACAUUUUGCUUUAAAUAAAAAUACGUAUUUUCUCUAGUAGCGCCAUCUGCGAUACGUCACUUUCAAAAUAGUAAACUAAUAGCAUUUCAGUUUUUUCUCGGAUAAUAAGGACCGGGGUGUUAGUCUAUUUAAUGUUAAGCGUUCCAAUGUAUAUUGUACUGUACACUGUACCUAAUGUAGUUGUUCUUUAAUAAAUAUUAAAGUUAUUGUAUAUUUCGCCUCGAGGAGGCUGGCUGACUGAACAGUGAGCGCUGUAUCGUGUUGCGUGGAAUUUGUUUGUAUUUACUUUGAAUUGGUUAUGAACGAUUAUAUCUUUGUGUAUUCCCAUUUUAUCAUCAUGACAAGUAAUUGAGCAGUGUGGUGUGUUUCAAAAAUAUUGAGGAUAAAUCGUUGCAUGUAUGUAUGAGUUAAAAUAGGUGUUCAAAAAUAUGACCAGUGAAAGUAUGCUUUACUUAAAAAAUAUGACAAUUUUAAAGCUAUACGCGUGCGCAUUAAAAUAAAACAUAGCCAUAGAUUAUUUCAAUUUAUUAUAUCUUACAAAAUUUACAGUACCACUAGAAAUCAGGUAAUAAAUACAAUAAAUAAUUAAGUUAUGUUCAAUCCAUACUUACAUUAUACUUACUUGUAUAUAGGUUUAUGUACAUAAGUGUAGUCUUCUAGCUGAGGAGUGAAAACUUAUUACACUUUGCUAAUAUUGUGCUUAACUUAAAGUUUACAUCUUUCCAAACAAAUGACAUAAAUGAUUAUCAAAUCGAAUGAAUACAAACGUCAAUGGAAGGGAUUGACAUUAGCGUUGACAUAAUUGGUCGAAUGUCAGUGUCAACUUGUAUUGACAUUUGUUUACGAUUGAUUUUUAUUUGUGUCAUUUGUCUCAUAGCACUGAUCUCUAAACAUAUGCAGGCAAAAGAAACUGCCUGAAAAUUACUCUACAGAUCUGCCUAACUCUCAUCUUUACAAAAUCUACAUCAAAAUUAAGUUCUGAAUAAAAACAUACCUAACUAGUGUUAAAUACUAUUAAAAUUAAAAUGUACAUUAAUUUGAUGUGUACCUAAUAAUGUAAAUAAGCUGUAAAUAUAAAUAGAUGUAAGUUUUUUACCGAAUAUUAUUAAUAAAUAUACUUUUUUAUCGUGAA